AUGGCCGUAUCGCUUGCUUGGUGGGUGCUCUUUGCCACAUGUUUCGGCACUGAGAGCAGCCCAUUGCUCUUGCAAAAGAAGAUCCAUUUAGCAGAUACUCCCAAGCCCAAACGGAGCCUGGAAGAGCAACUGGAAGUGCUCGAAGUCACUGACCUCCAUGACCUGGCUGGAAAAUCCGUGUAUUUGGUCAUGAUUGAUCGCUUCUCGCGUGAGGGUGGUCAUAGCAGUGAGCACCUGGAAGCCUGUGAAGGAGGCCAAUGGUGUAACGGAACUUUGAAAGGCAUCACUUCGCACUUAGACUACAUCAGUGCCAUGGGUUUCGAUUGUAUUUGGGUUACACCUGUGGUGAAGAACUUCUAUGGACCUGAUCUAGGUGAGAGUGGUUAUGGCUAUCAUGGUUAUUGGGCAGAGGACUUUUAUUCGAUCGAUCCUAAUUUCGGCACAAAAGACGACUUGAAGGAGCUGGUACAGCAAACACACCGGCAUGGGAUCCUCGUCGAAUUCUUUUGGCAACAUGUUUUGCUCAAUUUGCAAACGAUGUGCUUCAUCCUUGACAUCGUCUUGAACCACAUCCGUCCAGUACAUUCCCUCAGCGACCUAUCAAAGGUGAAACCCUUCAACGACACCCGCUAUUUGCACUUGCUCAAUAUGUCGGGCAUGAGCUUUGACAAGUAUGCCGAGAAAGGUGCUAAUUGGCCCUUUCCGAUUCAAGCCCUGGGUCCUGGGGCUCAAUGUCUCAUGAACACGCGGAAGGAUGGUACUCCGGAUGGCACCAACAGCGGUACCUACUGCAACAACUAUCCUGAGAAUAACUACUCACAGGAACAUUACUUUCAGGAAAGGGCUCAUGGGCCACCGCAUUUGAAGUACUGUGGAACUGGCGAUUAUCUUUGCCGCGGAUACAAUGAGACGGUCAUUCAAGAUGGCUGGUUUUACGAUUUGGCCGACCUGGACCAAUCUGUCCCAUUUGUGCGAGAAUUUCUGAAGGAUUGGGUGAAGUACAUGGCUACCGAGUUCGACGUGGAUGGAAUCCGCCUCGAUACCACACCUCAUCUUCCCUAUGAUUUUCUGAAAGAAGUGCAGGAGAUGUUGAUGUCUCUCUCCAAGCCCAUCAGCAUUUUGGGAGAGGUGACCACUGUCAACAUGAGCUUCCACGCAUCCUAUCAGAACAAAGAUGGCCAACCCAUCUUGGGUGGUUUGGAGAAUUUUCCCUUGUCCUACAACGCGGUGCCUGGAUACUGUGGCUGGCCAAAUUCUGUUCUCUCGCCAGUGGCACAAUUUGAUCUGACUUACCUCGCAAGCGCUAGCGAAUUGCAGUUGACGAGCAACCUAUAUUCUGACACUGAUUUGCUUAUGAACAUGAUGGACAAUCAAGAUGAUGCGCCUAUUGCUGGCCUGUACCACAUCUCUGCUGGACCUUUUUCUCCGGGGACCGGCGGUUGUCAGGAUGACGAAAGCUUGCUCUUAAAUGGAUGGGCCUGGCUGAUGUUUGCGAAGGGUAUGCCUGUAGUUGCGUGGGGAGAUGAGCAAGGCAACUCAGUCUACCGGAUGUCUCUCUGGCAAUAUGGAUGGAGACGAGACGCCUGGCAAUAUCGCCUGCUGAGCCGUAUGAAUGCUAUCCGAAAGGAAAGACGCCUAGCGAAGGCAAGUGCUCAAGUGCGUUUUGGUAGCAAAGAUCAAUUCGUUUUUCAACGCGGCCCUCCCAACAGCAAGCAUUCAGCGUGGAUUUUCACGAACAAUCUGCCCAACUGCUCCGGCCGAAUCACUUACCCCAUCGCCCCGCCGGCUCCUCCAUCGGGGAUGUACUGGACUGAUGCGCUUUUUAACCAGCCUUUUGAGAUCUUCGGAGAUAAGAUAACUGCACGAACCAAGCCUUUAGUCUUAGUCCUCGAGCCAAAUUUUGCCUCCAGCUAA